AAUGCAACAUAUAUACGUAUAAUAGAGAGCAAGCACCAAGCCUCUAAUAAUAGGAGAGAGGGCCAAACAAACAAAAAUGAGUUUGAAAAGAGAGACCUCAAAGUGUUGUUUCAGUUCUUGACAUUAGCAACACCAAAGAGGAGAGAUAAGCUUCAAACAAAAUGGCCAAGGAGGGUGCAGAUUCAGCAGAUCUUCACCACCGUGAAUCUGAUAUAGAACUCAUUGGUGCUGAAAAAUCCCAGGAUGAAAGAAACCUGGUUGAGGUGACUAUGGAUAUUCAAGGUGGCUCAGUUGCCUUACGCAGCGUUAAAAGUGUUGAUGAAUUGGUAGAAGAUGAGAAAUCAGGUUUGAUUGGUAGGAAGCUGGAGAAGAAAGCCUCGUUUGGUGCAUCUGUUGUGCAAAAUGCAACUAACCGUAUGAAGCAGCUGAAGCGUUUGGCUUCAUUUUCAAAGCCAUCCCCUUCAAAGAAAUUCGACAGGACCAAGUCCACUGUGGCUCAUGCUCUUUCUGGGCUCAAGUUUAUCAGCAAAACUGAUGGUGGUGCAGGUUGGGAUGAGGUUCAGAUCAGGUUUGACAAGCUUACUGCUGCCACUGAUGGAAAUCUUCCCCGUUCUCUCUUUGGCAAAUGCAUAGGAAUGAACGAGCAGUCUAAGGCGUAUGCAGAGAAGCUUUUCGAUACUCUUGCCCGCCAGAGGGGUAUUCAGGGUGAUUCCAUUAACAAGCUCCAGUUGAGGGAUUUCUGGGACCGUAUUUCAGAUCAGAGCUUUGAUAAUAGGCUCAGAACAUUCUUUGACAUGGUUGAUAAAGAUGCAGAUGGCAGGAUCACUGAGGAAGAAAUUAAAGAGAUCAUAUGUCUAAGCGCCACAGCAAACAACCUCACAAACAUACAAAAGCAAGCAGAAGAAUAUGCAGCUUUGAUAAUGGAAGAACUAGACCCUGAUGACGCUGGAUAUAUAAUGAUAGACAACUUGGAGACACUGUUAUUACACGGACCAGAUCAAACUACAAGAGGAGACAGCAAGUACCUGAGCCAAAUGCUAAGCCAAAAGCUUACACCUACUUUUAUGAACAAUCCUAUUAGAAGAUGGUACAGAGAUAGCAAGUACUUCUUGCAGGACAAUUGGCAGAGAGUAUGGGUUUUGGUGCUAUGGAUUUGCAUCAUGUUAGGUCUCUUUGCUUAUAAAUUUGUGCAGUAUCGGAAUAGAGCAGCGUAUGAGGUGAUGGGCCACUGUGUAUGCAUGGCAAAAGGUGCAGCUGAGACACUUAAAUUGAACAUGGCUCUUAUUCUGUUACCUGUUUGCCGAAACACCAUCACCUGGCUCAGGAACAGAACCAAGCUAGGCGUUGCGGUUCCUUUUGAUGACAAUCUCAACUUCCACAAGGUGAUAGCUGUGGCAAUAGCAAUUGGUGUUGCGGUACAUGCUAUAUAUCAUCUUACUUGUGAUUUUCCUCGCCUUCUUCAUGCAAGCCCUGAAAAGUACGAGCUCAUGAAACCUUUUUUUGGAGACAAACCAUCAAACUAUUUGUACUAUGUUACAUCAUGGGAAGGAGUAACAGGGAUUGUAAUGGUUCUGCUAAUGGCAAUAGCCUUUACAUUGGCCAACCCCAGAUUCAGAAGAGGCCGGGCCAAACUACCCAAACAUCUACAGAAACUCACAGGUUUCAAUGCCUUCUGGUACUCCCAUCACCUCUUCGUAAUCGUCUAUGUCCUAUUGGUUGUGCAUGGAAUCAAACUUUACUUGACCCACAAAUGGUACAAGAAAACGACUUGGAUGUAUUUGGCUGUUCCUAUCAUCAUUUAUGCAUUGGAAAGACUGAUUAGAGCACUAAGAUCGAGCACAGAAUCUGUGAAAAUAUUGAAGGUGGCUGUUUAUCCCGGCAAUGUGUUAUCACUGCAUAUGUCAAAGCCUCCAGGGUUUAGCUACAAGAGUGGACAAUACAUGUUCGUCAAUUGCGCUGCUGUCUCUCCAUUUGAAUGGCAUCCAUUUUCCAUAACCUCCGCCCCGGAUGAUAAUUACCUAAGCGUUCAUAUUAAAAUACUUGGUGAUUGGACUGGAAAUCUGAAAGCCAAAUUCGUUAAGGCGUGCCAGCCACCCCUCAAUGGCCAGAGUGGACUUCUAAGAGCUGACUGCAUCAAAGGAGACAGCCAACCGAGUACUUUCCCAAAAGUCCAAGUUGAUGGUCCGUAUGGAGCGCCAGCGCAAGACUACAGGGAGUAUGAGGUGGUUCUGUUAGUGGGGCUGGGAAUUGGGGCUACCCCAAUGAUAAGUAUACUGAAGGACAUAGUUAACAAUUUCAAGGUGAUGGACGAGGAGUACGGAGAAGGUGAAUUAGGUGGUUCUAGAUCAGCCACAAACCAACAAAAGAAGGCAAGGUUAGAGGAGUUCAAGACAAGGAGAGCAUACUUCUAUUGGGUUACCAGGGAACAGGGUUCCUUUGAUUGGUUUAAAGGGGUGAUGAACGAAGCAGCUGAAGAGGACCACAGAGGAGCCAUUGAGCUCCACAGCUACUGCACUAGCGUCUAUGAAGAAGGUGACGCUCGAUCUGCUCUUAUCACUAUGCUACAGUCUAUAAACCAUGCAAAGAGUGGCGUGGACAUUGUCUCUGGCACUCGUGUCAUGUCUCACUUCGCCAAACCUAAUUGGCGCAGUGUCUACAAGCGCAUUGCGCUGAACCAUCCACAUGCCCGCGUUGGGGUCUUUUACUGUGGGUCACCCGCUCUCACUAAGCAGCUUCGUCAGCUGUCUUUGGAUUUCUCUCACAACACCUCCACCAAAUUUGAAUUCCAUAAAGAAAAUUUCUGAUAAGAUGGAAGGCAUUGAUGACCACAGGAUCAAAGCUGAGGGAACGAGCUUGUCUCCACCUUUAUCUCCGUUCCCAACCUUCCACUGUGUCUAUGUACAGUACUGUUGAUGUUUUUUCCUAUAUACGGUUGUUAUGGCUUUUGUAAAAGGAAGAAGAUAUAUAUACGUGUCCUAAUUAAAAAA